AUGCCCUCCAGCGACUCACAACGCUCAACAUCAUCUCCGAAACAAGAGCAAGAACCACUCACCGAUCUCCAAAAGAUCCGCAAGCAGAUCGAGGAGGAAGCCGCAAAAAGGCCUCGCCCGCCACACAUUGACGCCCCCGACUACGUCCACCACUUCGACACAUACGGCCUAGUCAAGCGCUUAGAAGAUGGCGGAUGGAGUCAAGCCCAAGCAAUCACAAUCAUGAAAGCCACACGAACAACCCUCUCCGAGAACAUCGACUUGGCUCGCAACGCCCUCGUCAGCAAAUCCAAUGUCGAAAAUGAAGCCUACCUUUUCCGCGCCGCUUGCUCCGAACUCCAUACAGAAAUCAUGACAAAACGCCGCGCAGAGGCCGAAAGAGCAAGGACGGAACGCACACGUCUCGAACACGAAGUCGACAUCCUAGGCCAACGCAUGACCCAAGACAGCGGAAACAUGAAGGACGAACUAAAAGGCAUGUUCGACGAUCGCAAAAUGGGCGUUCAAAACGAACAACGCGAUAUCGAGAGGAAAAUUCAAGAGCUCAAUUACAGAAUCACCGUCCUCUUGAAUUCGGACUCGAGAUCGGAUGUCGAGGGCGUGCGUUGGAUAAUAACCAAGCGCGCCGGAUUCGCAUUACUGGCUUGUGUGUUGAUGAUUUUGGCAUCGAUCAAGUUUGCAAGUACGGCUGCCAUGUGGGCGGAAGAUGAAAAGAAGAGAGCUGCGGCGAUAGCGGCCAUGAACAACAAUCAACCCACCAACAACAACAAUCACCCCGGCUCCAAUGGAUCUUCUGGCGGCAACGACUUUUUAAACUCUGGAGCCAUGAACGACAGAGCUAGAGAGGAAUUGGGUCAAGGAGAAAUUCUGGUCCGUCAGGGUGAUAAUCCUGCAUUUGUUUCUUUGGGCUAG